AUGUCCGAAGAGCGCAUAAAUCGACUACAGCAAAUAACCAUGACUGAAAAGGAGUUAGAAAAAUCUAUGAAAAUAAAGGAGCAAAGAAGGUCCAAAGCAGAAAUGAUUAAGAACUUCAGCUUGUGUGAUACGCUGUCUACAGAAAUUCGCGGGCUUAUUAAAGAAAAACACGUUCUGGAAAAUGAACGAAAGGUCCUACAGAGAAAGGAAUCACAACCAAAAUGGUUUUUAAAGAGAAAGUCAGCUUUGCAAACUGAAGGAGAAAAACGAAAUGAGCAGAUUCUAUUAAAAAGGAAACCAGUCUCGAUGACUUUGGAAUCAAUGUGGUCUAGGAAAAAAGAAGUUUGCUCAACUAUCUUCGAUGGCCAACAAGCAUCUUUGAUGGCCAAUGAUGUUGUAUGUCUUUCGUCAGUUGUCCCAAGAGCUACACCUAAUCAAGCUGAAGAUGACGGAGAUAUCGAAGUCUUAUCCCCACCUGUCACAAGUGUUACACCAAAUCAAGCUGAAAAUGACAGAGAUGUCGAGGUCUUGUCUGCACCUGUCACAAGUGUUACACCAAAUCAAGCUGAAGAUGACAGAGAUGUCAAGGUCUUAUCCCCACUUGUCACAAGGGUUACACCAAAUAAAGCUGAAGAUGACAGAGAAAUCGAGGUCUUAUCCCCACCUGUCACAAGUGUUACACCAAAUCAAGCUCAUGAAGAUGACAGAGAUAUCGAGGUCUUGUCUCCACCUGUCACAAGUGUUACACCAAAUGAAGCUGAAGAUGACGGAGAUAUUGAAGUUUUAUCCACACCUGUCGCAAGUGUUACACCAAAUAAAGCUGAAGAUGACAAGCGUCAUUAG